GCGCUCCGCCCUAGGCAGGAGCGGGGCCGCGGAAGAUGCUGCUCGCGGCCGGCGUGGGGGCCCGGCCGGAGGCCGUGGUGGCGCGUGCGCCCUGCCUGCGGCUGUGGUUGCGCGGCGCCGCGAGAGGUUGCUCGGCCCAGCGGGGGGCGGCGGCGGCGGCAAAGGGGGCAGCCCCGGGUCGGAGCCUGCAGUCGGCUUUGCGCUGCAGGCUGCGGCCGCGGGGAGGUUGGCCCGCAGCCUCCGGUUCCCUCCCUGAAAUGCUGGGACAUGGAAGGGUUCCGUUUUCCUGUGUGGAGUCUCUUUGCUGUUUCAGCACAUCACCUCUUCCUGAAAAUUCUGAAUACGGCAGAUUAGUUUAUCGUGGAAAUUUGGCAAAAGCAGUAUUAGGUGCGAAGUUUGUUUCUUAUUUUGCCAGCAUUUGUAGCCUUUCCAUGAUGCCUACAAUCCUCUUCAAAACUGACUCAGGUGUUGACGGCCAUCUCCUUGACAUUGCCUCUGGUGUCAUUGCAGGAGUCUUUACAAUAAUAAUACCAGUUGUCCUGCAUACAUUUACCAAGGGCUACAUAAUCCGGUUGUACCACAAGGCUGAAACGGACACUUACACAGCUAUUACAUAUAAUGUUAUUUUGGCAGAAAAGAAAACUGUGUUCCAUCAAAAGGAUGUGAAGGUUCCAGACAUCAGCUUGAUGUUCACAACAUUCUAUGCAAAAACAAAAUCUAUGCUUGUUAAUCCAUUGCGUUUUGAAUACCCACAAGACUAUAACCAUCUUAUGGGUUAUGACAAACCCUUCCCUUUUGACCUGGACAAACCAAGGGAAUCCACCGAAAACAAAUAAAAUUCUUACUUGCCA